CUGAAUUUUCCAGUUUUUAUGUUGUUGUUUUCCAACUUUCGAAAUCAAAAGGGUGAACUGCAUGCUCACGUUUUCUACAAAGACGACUUAUUUAUUAUCAUCAAUAUCCAGACAUCAUUCGGAAAGUUUGCUCAAUAGUGAGCACACGCUGCAGACUGCACAACAUCUGUGAUCUGGUACGUGCAAACCAGCACCAAACAAAUUCAUGUUCAUUCGUGUUUUUGGUACCCAGGGAGAAUUGAAUGCUCCGCUGCUGAUAUAGAGCUUUCAGCGCUGAUCAUCCGUCUCCCACUGUGCGCCGUUGCGCUGUCCCCUUGAUCGCUUCCCCCCACUGCCCCCCGCCAUGCCUCCCUUCCCCUAACCCAUGGCGGACCGCCUAACGAACCCCUCGCCCCUGACCCAGGGGACCGCCACCCGCCACGGACUCUUAUCCAGCGUGGCCUCCAGCGGCACCCUCACCAUCAGCCCCUCCUCGCCCUUCGCGCAGGGCAGCGGCCCCUCGCCCCACUUGUACGUCGGAGGGUCUCACACCCGCCCUCACAGCCAUGGAGCCUUCGGGGGACUGCCGGCGGCCGUCAACUCGGGUUUCUCCCCCACCACGGCCUUCGGGGUGGUCCACAAGCCCAUCCCCAUGAAGCUCUUCGCCAUCGGGGAUCUGGACCGCACGCCGGCCUUCUGCACGCCCAGAAUCUGUAGUGUGCGUCUGACACGCUUGGUUAUCUGCAAAUGCCUGGAAGAAGGACUCACCUCGGUGACGAUCGCUGUCAAAAUGGAGCGUUCCAAGAGAACGCUGCGCUCGGCGGAGAUUGAUUUGCCGGACAAGACCGGCGGUCUGCUGGACACCGAGCUGGAUCUGUCCUUGUCUUUACAGUAUCCGCAUUAUCUCAAGCAGCGCGGCAAUCUGCUGCUGGUGAUGCUGCAGCGGCGGAAAAAGUACAAGAACCGGCGUAUUCUCGGCUUCAAAACGCUGGCCAUCGGCGGUGUGGAUAUGAACGAAGUGCUGCAGCGAUCCGUGGACCAGGAACUGAAUCUCUACGCCAACGCCAAGAGCAAGGAGAACGUGGUGGCCCGCAUCCAGAUGGUCUCCCUCGCCACGCAACCCGUCUCGGCGCCCAACGGGAAGGAACCACUGGCACUGGAAGACGAUAACACCUCGGAGGAGGACGAGUACCUGUCGGAUGUGUCGGACAGUGAAGCGGACGCCGGUGAUGAUCCGGAGAAUGUGCGGCUGCGGGCGCACACCCAUCCCCGCCAUCAUCACGCUCCCGGCGGGGAAGGCAGUGGCGGCGUCAGCGGCAAGAGCCGCCGGAAGAUGGUCAUGGGACGGCAAGGGAAUUUCAAGCAGAAAUUCAUCUCACUGCUGCGACGCUUCAAGGCAUCUGAAACGGGUUUCGAUCCGGACGUGGAUGUGGACAUCGACCCGGAGCAAGCCGAACUAGACGCCAACGAGAAGGCGGUGUUGGAGGAUGAGCUGCUGGAUGAACUGGAUUUCGACAGUGACAGCGCGCCCGAGUUCUUCGACAACAUCAGCGUCCAGUCCACUCCACGCCCGCAUCUCAGUCCGUAUUUCAAACCGGGUCGCUCGGGGUCCACCCUGAUGCUGGCCAGCCAGAAGCCGACGGACAGCGGACUGUCGCCGUUGACCGGCGGCAGCGGUGGCGCGACUGCGUCCGGAUUGACGCCGGAUUCCGCGACGUUGAACGUGACACGGUUGGACAAGAACGACGAGGCAUCCCGCAACAAUUCUGAUUCUCAUCCGGACAAUCUCACCGAUGAAGACGGCACGGCCGUUCACGAGCGCCGCCCCGAGGAAUCCGGCGGAAAGGAGACGGAGAAGAAGCCGAAAGCCAAGGCGUUGGUGCUGCGCGAGAAGUCGUGGUCGAUGCGCGACAAGGACAAGAAGCCGGCGUCCGACGCGGCGGCGUCCCUCCCGCGCGACGUGUACAGCGUGGAGGGUCCCGGGCGCAAGUUCAGCCAGGCCUUCCCGGUGGACCCCCUCCCGCGGGCGGUCCUCAUGGAGCAGCUGCAGCACGUCUUCCCCUCGCCGGACGACGAGCUGCCCACCAUGAUGGUCUGGGUCAACGGGCAGCACGCGCUGGGCCGGCCGCUCGUCGACAAGUUCUGUGGCGGAUUGGGCGGGGCGCCGGCCGUCGCCGUGGCCAGUAUUGGUGAUCUGAAGGCCUGCUUCGCGCAGUUGGUAGCGCGUUUCCAGCGCCUGCAGUUCUCGCGGGCCGCAUCCGGCCAGCACCAGCCGGUGAUCCGCGUGGUACUGUGCGGCGGGGACGAGUUCGUCAACGCCACGCUGCGUGUCUACGUGGAGACGUUCUCGGAGCGGCCGACCGACUGGCAGAACGGCAUCCGCUUCAUCUUUGUCCCGCUCGGCCAGAGCGGACUGGCGCGCUUCAUCCUGCAGGCCGACACGCUGGCCGGCAAGGUCUUUGACGAGAUUUCCUGGUUCGCCGCGCUGGAGCACACGGACCCGGACGACGUGGACUGGGAGCACAUCGUGGGGACGAUGAAGCUGUACAUCCAGUCGGCGGAGGAGCUGCUCAGUCUCCCGGUGGCGCAGGCCAUGAUCAACAUCAUCAAACCCCCGACACAGCCCGGUCCGGCGCCGCCCACUGACCAGCCGGACUCGCCGCAGCUCUUCAUACCCUUCCUGAUCGACGUGCGGGUCAGCGGCGGCCCCGAUCUGCCGGUGAAGGAUUCUCUGGAGACGGAGGAGCGCGACGCGGCCGGUCUGACGCCGCACGACACCCGCGACUUCUCCCCGCCCAAUUCGCCCAAUUUGGCGCAUGUCCUGGGACUGGGCGGCGGUGGGGAGCGGGAACGGGAGCGGGAGAAGGCCGGCGAGCUGAUGGAGUUGCAGGUGGAUUUCUGGAUGCCGGGGAGUCAGUCGAGCGACGAGCGCAGUAAGAAGACGGAGGUCAUCUUAUCCGUGACGGAGACGCCGGGCAGCGUGGCCUCGCGCGCCCCCCACAAGGCCCCGCCCAAGGACAUCCCCUCGGUGAAGACCUCGCUGAAGGCGCCCUUCAAGUUCCUGUACGUGGUGCGGCCCAUUACGCAGGCGCAGCCGGGCGGCAGCGCCGUUAUCGGCACGGGCGGCAAUGUUUUCACGCUGCUGUACGCUGUCAAGGAGAAGAAGAUCCCGCUGAUGCGCGCCCUGGCCAAGAAGCCCAAGGACUCCGAGACAAGGACGGUCCGCGAGGAGCCCGUCACGCGCCUCAUCUGCCGGAUCAGUAAGCCCCAGGGGACCACCAUGAAAGUGGCCAUCGACGGCUGCGACUGGCACCACAUCAACUUCUUCCAGCUGUCGACGCCCUGGCAUUCCACGGUCAAGACCUUUCCCCUGCUGAUCUCGCAGCCAACAUAGACGGAAUGCGGAUACCCAGUCCGUGCUGUCGCUUGUACAUUUGCGUGUGCGUAAUUCCCGUUGAAUUUCUUACGUUUACUUUCUUAUUCUCUCCCAUUAAUAUCAGGUAUUGAGUGUACAUUCAGCACGACGGUGAGUGGUUUGUUUGGGCUGGUAGCGGAAUUUUAUUGACUUAUUUCAGAGACAAUUCUAAGACACUUAAUGGCUGAGUGAUGAAGAUUUUUUUAUUACGUAUUAUUUAUUUAGACGGCAUCUGUACAAAAGAAUGAAAAUAAUAAAACAUUUGUG